AUGUUCUGGCGGACUCCUUCUGGCGUACUUCGCCUGGUCUCCUGGCUUCGAAGUGAGCGACCCAAAUCGCUACCAAUUCGAUGGUUGAUCCUCCUGGCCUCGCUGGUCGGCGCCAUCGCGUUCUAUCUCUUCGCGGUCCCCCAGCUUCUAAGAUUGCGUAUUCGCGCUGGUUUGAGUUGGUAUGACCUGGGAGCCGAAGGGUUCGGUCCGGAUCAAACCUACCUCUCCUUCGACCAAGAAUCACCCAAAAUCGAGAUCUCUCCACCAGAUGCGAAAUGCAACGCUCGGUACACCUUCCUGGCCCCCCGGGGCGACUCAAUUGCUCAUCCCGGUCCCAUGAUUCUCGAUUCCGCCGGUGAACUGGUAUGGACCCAAUGGAACUCGGGCACAACCCAGGACUUCAAGGUUCAACAGUACAAGGGCGAGAAAUACCUCACCUACUGGCAAGGAGAUACAGACGACAACUAUGGCAGGGGAUUGUGGUACAUGCUUGAUUCGACAUAUACCCAGAGACGGGUGGUGUCACCCGUCGGCAUGUACGAGGGUGAUCUACACGAUUUCCAAAUAACCCCCAACGAUACUGCACUUUUGAUGAUUUACGACCCCAUCCCGGUGGAUCUUAGCCCCCUUGGUGGCCCGGAGUUGGGAUGGAUGUAUGAUGGAGUGUUCCAAGAGGUGGACCUGGAAACAGGCGAUUUGUUGUUCCAAUGGCGCGCAUCUGAUUUCUAUGACCCUGUCGAUAGCUACCACCCUAUCGGUGAUGCUGGUCAUGAACGAACCUCGGCAUACGAUUACCUGCACAUCAACAGUGUAGACAAGGAUGACCAGGGUCGUUAUCUGGUUUCUAUGCGCCACAUCCAUACCAUCGCGUGCAUAGAUGGUACUUCCGGUGAGACCGUCUGGUCCUUGGGAGGCAAGCGCAACGACUUUGAGGACAUGUCUGAUGGAGCUGCCACCGAUUUCUCGUGGCAGCACGAUGCUCGGUGGCGCGGGGCUAACCGCCUAAGUCUGUUCAACAAUGCGGCUUCUACCAACGACAACCCCUCUGCGAUAAGCCGUGGUUUGAUGGUUGACUUGGAUAUUGAAGCUCGACAGGCGACAUUAAUACAGUCCUACGAGCAUCCCCAGGAUAUGAUGGCGGUGUCUCAGGGAAACCUGCAGGUACUCGACACUGGAAACGUGCUCGUUGGCUGGGGUCAUUCUGCAGCCUACACUGAAUUCUCCCCAGCGGGUGACGUUCUAUGCGAUGUGCAUUUCGGAGCCUCUGCCUGGUUUACCUUCGGUCGCGUGGUGUCAUAUCGCGUAUUCAAAUUCGACUGGGUCGGCCGUCCCCUCACGGCCCCCGAAGCUGCAACCACCGCAGACAGUGUCUUUGUGAGCUGGAACGGCGCCACUGAAGUAGCAUCAUGGCAAGUGGAGGCCUGGGAUCAGCAAAGCUUGACCAAUAUGACCUUUAUAGCUGUCGACCAAGUCGCGCGCGAUGGCUUCGAAACCGAAAUCCCCUUAUCACCCGACGUGGACUCAUUUUUCCGGGUUCGCGCAAUCCACUCCAAUGGAGACAGCUUGGGUGUCACGGAAGUGCUUCAGCGAGUGCUGGAACCCUCUGAUGGCUUUUCCGAUGGGAAUCCGUGGGUGAUAGGGGCCAUAGUAAUGGUUGCGCUUGGUUGUCUGGGCUGUGGUAUUUACUUUGCAGUCCACCGUCGAUCCUUGCAGGGGUCCAAAUCUAGUGGGCCAUACCAACUUGUCUCUCACAAAGACGAAGACGAUGGUGAUGAGCAUCAACGUCUACCGGUGUAG